CUCUCGCGGGGCGGUGGGCGUGGCCCGGAGCGUGUUCUCGCGAGAGGAGGCAGCACGUGGGGGCGGCGGAGCCCGGGACGAAGCGGCGCGACUGCGGCAGCGGAGCGGCCCCGUCCCGCGAUGGUUCUAAGAUUCCGUAAUGUCUUUCCGUAUACUCUCCCUGGAGUGUUGGCCCUCCUUGGCUGGUGGUGGUAUAUCACCCGAAAGAAAAGCCAUGCAAGCAGCUACAAUAAGCAGCUUACUGCUGCACCGGAGCAAAGCACCAAGGUUGAAGAAGAGAAUCGUACUACUGUAGAGGAUGGUAAGAGUGAAUUAGUCACAGGUGCUAAGGAAUGUAACCAGAAGGAAAGCACAGCCAAGUUGCAAGUAGUGCCUACUUUACAGGCUGAAACACUGGGAAAGCCAGAUGUUGCUGCAAAUUUGUUCCUUGAAGCCAGUGUGGAAAAGAGCACUCAAAAGUUGGUUUUGGGCUCAUCCCAAUCCCAAGAAGCUCUCUUCAUGCCCAAUGUGCAAGGCCCUAUUCGGUUAUCUCCCAAGGCUGAGAAGGAUGGUUACCUCCAUCAAAUGGUGGAUAAAACUACUAUUGAUUCUUUGGAGGCCCGGCAACCUUCAGUCUGCAAUGUAGUUGCAUGUUCUUCAUUCUCUGUUGCAAAGUCCUCUGAUAACCUGGAAGCCAAUAGGAAAAUUGACCAAACUUUACCAAAACUCACUACAGCAGUACCUUCAACAGAAUGUGAACAGCUGAUGUCUGACCACCACACCAUGGAAAGGCCUGAACCAGAAGGUGAAAAUUCAGGAAAUACAGCAGAGCCUCCAUGUUUCAAGGCCGUACUCAAUGGUGUUAGUAUUGGCCCCUAUUUGGUUCAGACUGGUUUUCGCCAAGAACCUGAGCAGGGAAGCCAAUUCCAUAAAGAAGCUUGCUUCACUGACGACAGCUUGUCCACUGAAUCAAUUGACAAACGAGUUAAUCGGGAUGAGAUUGAAGAGGCAGCUGCAGAUUUGAUAUCAGAGGUAAUAAUGGCAGCUAAAGAAGAAUUGUUUUCUUCAAGGCUGGAUCCUUGUGCGGAGGGUGAGUGCACAACUGGAGCGGAAAAUAAGUUGGCAGAUUCCACUCUUGGUAUGGCGGUAUUGCCUGUGGCUGGAGAUGCACAGAAAGAAUGUGCUGAGAUAAGGGAGGUCAAUGAAGAGAAGUGUACUGUGUAUGAGGCAGAAGUAACACCAAAGAGCAUAAUUCCAAAGGAGAGGGCAUUUGGACUCACCAAAGAAGUCUGCAAAGAUGAAGAGCAAGGCCAUUCCACAGAGCCGACCAUCUCCAAAGUAUGUAGGAACUCUUUGGAAGAAGCUAAUCCAGUAGCAGAAGAUUCUGAUUGUAGUGCUUGCCACUCAGAAGAUGGAGCUGGUGGGGAAUAUCUACCCCAAACCAAUGUGGAUUUAUGCAACCCAGAAAAGCAUGAAAGCUUGUUGAGUAAUUGCCAGGCAACCCAUGUUCAGAGUGAACUGACCUGCAAAGAAAAGUUUGGAGGGCCUAUGAUAUCAAACGAAUCUGGUAUGAAAGAAAGUGUUUCAAAGGAUUGUGCUAAAGUUGCACCUGGAAGCAUGAGUAAGGUGUGCACAGAGGAGCUGCAGCUCAAUGCAGUUAAUAAGAAGUCUUCAGAGGAAUUGAACGUGGUCACAGAGGAUUCUGGUUGCAGUGUUUGCUACUCAGAAGAUGGAGCUGGAGGUGAAGAUCUGUCGCAUAGCCUAGUAGAAAGCACACUAGAAAAUAAGGAAAAGGAUGCACUACAUAACUCUGUUGCUGGAGGAGAUUCCUUGGGGCAGGAUUCAAAACCUGGGCGUAAACCUACACUGCAAGAUGACACUAAAUUGAUGCAUACCAAUGGAGGUCAAGAAGCUGCUGCUAACGGGGCUACCCACUUGCUGCUUGAAAUGGAGUUCGAUCAUUCUGGAGGUUCUGAUGUAAAUAGCAUGGAUUCAAAUGACAGUGGCUGUACGGCAGGUGGUGCAGAAGGUCAGAGCAGAGAUGGGGCGCCUCCAAGCAUUACAAAAGGCAAAACUGAACUUACCAUCUGGGAGGUACAGGUGCCAAAGCAUCUGGUUGGACGGUUAAUUGGCAAACAAGGCCGGUACGUGAGUUUCUUGAAGCAGACCUCUGGUGCCAAGAUUUACAUAUCCACGUUGCCUUAUACACAAGAUUUCCAGAUUUGUCAUAUAGAAGGUAGUCAACAGCAGGUAGACAAAGCACUUAACCUGAUCGGAAAGAAGUUUAAAGAGCUGGAUCUUACAAAUCUAUAUGCUGCGCCUCCAUCUUUGACACUGCCAGCGUUGCCCAUAACUUCAUGGCUCAUGCUUCCAGAUGGUGUGACCGUUGAAGUGCUGGUGGUGAAUAUCGUCAACGCAGGACAUAUGUUUGUUCAGCAGCAUACUCAUCCGACGUGCCAUGUACUCCGCAACAUGGAUCAACAAAUGUUUCUCCUUUACUCUCAGCCUGGAAUCCCAACACUAACACCGCCAUUAGAAGUUGGUAUAAUUUGCGCAGCUCCAGCGGUUGAAGGGGCUUGGUGGAGGGCGCAAGUCGUUGCCUUUUUCGAAGAAACAAAUGAAGUUGAAAUCCGUUACGUUGACUACGGUGGCUAUGAACGAGUUAAAAUCGAAGUAUUACGACAAAUCAGGUCUGACUUUGUGUCACUCCCUUUCCAAGGGACUGAAGUCCUACUGGAUAAUAUAAUGCCCCUCCCAGGUGAGGACCAUUUCUCAGAAGAAGCAAAUGCCAUGAUGGAUGAAAUGACACGUGGUGCAGCUUUACUUGCCCAGGUAACUGGUUAUGACAACAGUGGUAUGCCUCUCAUACACUUGUGGAGUUUAGCUGGUGAUGAGGUCCUGUUCUUAAAUCGAAUCCUGGUGGAAAAGGGACAUGCACAGUGGAUGGAGAACUACUAGUCUGCAGCUGGAGGCCAUUUUUCUAAACUCAUUUUGCACUGCAUUGUAAUUCAAUCAUUUGCUAGCUGUGCAGAUGUGUAUAUAAGUCUAUGUAUUAAUAUUUUGUAAGAUCUCACAGGAGUACAUAAAGGGAACUUUUUCAAAAUUAUGGAAUCUAUAGGUAAGUGAUUGUCACUCAGUUAUGUCAUGUCUGAUCAAUUUGAUAUUUAAGAGAAACCUUAUUGUCAUUGUACAGAAUAGUUUUGCUAGAUUACUUGAAUGGAAUGAUAUUGUGAUCAAUGAAUUCUUUGCUACUUGGUUGUACAGACCUGUAAAAAGUACCCAAAAAAAACUGAUAGAAUUCAGCUUGUGUGGUGGUUUUUUUUUAAUUACAGCUUGGAGCU